AUGGCAGCGUCGCGGUUCAAGCAAUACACGUACAUCCCCCAAAAUCCUCUACCCCUCUCCCCUCCCCGUGUAACCCCAAAACCCAAUCCCUUCGACAUGUACCGCGACGAAAAAGACACUGUCGUCCAGACCAUCCACGUCGAAGAGGAGAGCGUCUUCCCGGUCAUCGACGACGGCGUAUACCAACCAAAAUCCAAGAGAACCCGCGCUGCCUAUGAAAUUCUCCUCAGCCUCAUCCAGCAGCCCUUCCCCGGUCAGCCACUCUUCGGUCAGCCACUCAGUACAGUCAGGUUCAUCGCCGAUAAAAUUCUUGAAAUUCUCAAAAACGACGCCGUUGAUUACCAUGAGAAGAAGAUCAACGUUGAGAUACUUCUUAACCCUAUCCCUAACCAUGUCUUUGAUCAGCUUGUGUCAGUUGGUAAUCUUAUAACUGAUUUCUAUGGGUUUGCUGCUGGUCAUGUUGAUGGCGGCGUUGUCGACGGUAUUCGUAGUUUAUCAAUUUGCAGCCGUAACUAG